UGGUAUGUUAUGGGGGGCUCCUUUUCAGGUCUCGGUUUCAACUAUUCAACGAAGUAACACCCCCCGUCGAGUACAUGGCCGCGGAAGAAAUUCAUCAUCAAAACAGCUUAAAAUCAAUGACAACGCUUUAAUUAAAAUUCGCAACAACGACAACUAUUGUUUAUUCUACUCUCUUGUUGCCACCUUUAUUUAUGCAACGUGCUCAUGGCCUAGAUGGAAAUUCUACGACUACAUGCAUAGCAGAUUGGGAAUGGCUAAUAUUUUCAAGAAAGACACAAUGGAUCUUAUGGAAAGUGUUGGUGCACCCUUUGACCAGGACAUCUACGAUGCGGAAGAAUGGAUUCCCUCUGUGGUUGAAUAUUGGAAUUUACUGAAUAAAGGAUGGUUUAAAGUUUAUAUAUUCGGGGAUUUGGGGGAAAAACCUAUUUAUAUGUAUGGUCCCGAUAAUUUUGAUACACCCAUAAUUUUGUUUUAUAAUAAAGAGCACUUUGACGGGGUUCGUAGGGCUAGUAACCUUUUUGGCCAACCUUAUUGCCUAUCUUGUGAAAGCAUGUUCUAA